AUGGGAGAGAGUUGCAGUGCCCGUGUGCUACAAUGCAGCCUUCUCAGCACCAUGCACAACCUGGAGCCCACCACUCAGACACAAACACAAGCAGCAGUCUGUGGGCAGAGGUCCUCUGCAGUGCCAAAUAUCACACAGCCACGCUCCAGGAUUGUGGGGGGCUCUCCUGCACCCCCGGGCAGCUGGCCAUGGCUGGUCAAUCUGCAGCUGGACGGGGGCCUUAUGUGUGGAGGAGUAUUAGUGGACAGCUCUUGGGUUGUCACUGCUGCUCAUUGUUUUGCUGGGAGCCGCAGUGAGAGCUAUUGGACCGCUGUAGUGGGAGAAUUUGACAUCACCAAAACUGAUCCUGACGAACAGGUCCUCAAGGUCAACCGAAUAAUUCCACAUCCUAAGUUUAAUCCAAAAACAUUUAACAAUGACAUUGCCCUUGUGGAGCUCACAACUCCAGUUGUCUUGUCUGAUCAUGUGACGCCUGUGUGCCUUCCCGGAGGUACUGAGCCCCCUACUGGCAGCCCCUGUUUGGUGGCAGGCUGGGGGUCUCUCUAUGAAGAUGGCCCAUCCGCUGAUGUGGUGAUGGAGGCAAAGGUACCACUGCUGCCUCAGAGCACGUGCAAGAGCACUCUGGGAAAAGACCUGGUCACCAAUACUAUGCUCUGUGCUGGCUAUCUCUCUGGAGGCAUCGACUCCUGUCAGGGGGACUCUGGAGGGCCAUUGAUCUACCAGGACAGAAUGUCUGGGCGGUUUCAGCUCUAUGGCAUCACCUCCUGGGGAGACGGCUGUGGAGAAAAGGGGAAGCCUGGUGUCUAUACACGAGUAUCUGCUUUCUCUGAUUGGAUUCAGUCUGAGAUACAAAAGUCUUUUGGGAGUCGGGAGCCCACAUGUCCAGAGCUUCUUAAAACCACAGAGAUGACAGAGGAGGAGCAGAGGGCAGAGUUCAGCUCACUGUGUCGUUUCUACACUUUAUCCUGUCCUCCUGGACUGUCAGCCACCACCUGCAGCCAGUCAGCCCAGGACAAGUGCCUUACACGCUUUAAAAAAUGUCAGCUGCGUUCUUUCCUUCAGACUCUGUUGGAUUUACUUCAGAGAGCUGAAGACUACAUCAGAGACAAAGUGGACUUAACUUUUUUUACUCAGACUCUGCCUCAGCUUGUUGAGCACAUCUACAACACAGCCUUUGCUCACACCCGAGAGAGGAGGGAUCUGAGCCAUGGCCUUGGGUUGAUUGCAGAGCUAUUGGGUGAUGUGGAAUCAGAAGACCCAGUACUGCCAGCUUUUUUCAGGGAGUUGGGCCCAUCAGUCAAUGACUGGCAGAAGUAUCUGCAAAGCUUGGCUGAUGAUCAACAGACUGGUACAACAUCUGCAAUGCAGAAGCAGGAGGAGUGGCUUUUUCUAAAGAAAGAAGGCUAUUUAGUACAGCGGCUUGUAGCAGACUAUGAGUCAAUCAUCUACUCCUUGCGGUCCAAGUUGGAUGCUAGAGCACCGCCUCCAAUUUUAAACCUCGAUCCAACUCUUCUAAAAGAAGAGUCCAGUGAGUCUCCCUCCUCCUUCAGUGGCACUCAGGAGAGCGCCUCUGUGCACAAGGAGGAGGAGCCCUGGGCAAUCGUCACAGCCUUGAUCAGGGAAAUUCAGAAGGUGCAGAACUCCAGUGUAACACCUGCUCCAAAAGACAAGCCUCCUGAUCCCUCAAGGGCCACCACAUCUGAGAAGUCACCACAGCCAUCCCCAACACCUGGAAUCCACACAGUUACUAUGGCAGAGACUGAACACAAUAAAGAUCAUCAAAAUGUCAAAACUACAGGUCUACAGAGAAAAUACAGAAGUCUACUUCGUAAGAGGCAGACACUGACAUCCAGUGGCAAAGUCUGUCCUACAGUCAGGGAGUCCUCACAGAAAGUGAACCAAGUAAGAGACUUGUACCAAUGGGUCCUAAACAUCCCCAACAGGAAUCUACAAAUGUCCUUCCACGAGGUGCUGGUCGAUUUGAACUCAAAGAACGAGCGUGGUCUGUAUGAAGCCCGGGUGAAAGCUGUAGUGGGGGGACGCCCUUUGACCUUCUACUGUCUGGUUGGGCUGGAGAACGAGUCAUUUUACCGCAGCGUGCCCAGGAUCAUCUCUCUGGCACUCGAAGGCCUUAAGACUUAG